CUCAGAUUCCGCCGUCUGGAGUCAGAGCUGGGAGGAACAGACUCAAAUCCCAACCAAGAGCCUUGAACCGGCCUGGGAAAUCCAAACACUCCAGAUUCACAUGGAGGCUGGCCUGGUCUACGUCACUGGUUUCAGUCUCGGGGGUCUGUGCUACACCAUGAUAGCCAACAGCCCCCUGUAUUACCAGCUGUGCCGUGUGGAGAGCGGGCAAAUUGCAGCGGCUGGCUUCCUGUUCAUCAACAUGCUCCUGUACCUGGUCAGCGCAGUCAUAUGUCUAAAGGUGUGGCGUCAUGAACUGAGGAGAAAGGCAAGAGAAGUCUUUAGGAACAAGCGUAAGACAGCUGCAGUGAUGAUGGAACAGAAGCGGCCAUUCUCAUUCAAGCACAUGCCUUUCAGGAGGAACACACCUCAGCCCCAGGAGGAGAUGGCCAUCAGAAAUAUCCAGCUCCGCUCCGGUGGUCCAGGGACCCUCAACAAAUCCAUUCCAGCUGGACAUGUCCCAAAGCCCCUCAUCAUUCCUGAUUAUGUAACCAAGUACCCAAAGAUUGAGUCUGCAGAAGAACGGGAGCGAUAUAAAGGAGUGUUUAACGACCAAUAUGCAGAAUACAGGGAACUACACACUGAGGUACACGUGACCAACAAGAAGUUUCAAGAGCUGAAGGCUCUCAUUGAAAAACUGCCUCGCUACACCGAGAGUUCAGAGGAACACAAACGAAUAAUGAAGAUCCUUAAAGAUUACAAGGAGAAAAUCAAUGACCCUGCUUUUGUGGAGAAAAAAGACCGAUGUACGUAUUUGAAGAAUAAACUCUCCUACAUCAAACAGCGAAUCCAAGAAUAUGAUUCUGAAUGGAGCUUCAAAGGCAAUUACUGUAUUUGCCUGGGACAUUCCAUCACCAUGUAUGAGAACCGUCCCCUUGGGAGCCCCCCUGCCUACAGCCCGAGUAAUUUCACCCAACCUUUCCCACACAGAGCCUCCGUGGGGACUUAUGAAUAUGACAUGCGAUCCCCUCCACCAGGCUCGUAUUACAUUGAGGACAAGCCGCAACACUUCUACAAAUGGAGCUCCCCACCAGGAAUCAUCCGUAUUUUAGAGGGCAUUGUCAUAAUCCUGUGUCUGGUUAUCUUUGCCUGCGUGGCAUCAACGUUGCAAUGGCAAUAUGGCUAUGGUUAUGGUUAUGGCAUGGGUGGCAUAGGAGGUGGGUACUACCCAGGAAUGGGAGGAGGAUAUUACCCUGGCAUGGGGGGGAGUAGCUAUUACCCAGGAAUGGGAGGGUAUGGCACUGGAGGCCACACUGACCCCAGGGCUGCCACUGGCUUCAUGAUUGCAAUGGCGGCCAUUUCCUUUAUCGCUGUCUUGGCCUUCUUCAUCGCCAGUGUCAGCAAGUCCCAAAACUCCAGAACUCGUAAGUUUUAUCUGUUGUUACUGAUAUUCAGCGCUAUCCUGGGAGGCUUGGAGCUGAUUGCCAGUGUUGUAUACAUCAUGGGAGUUAAUCCAACAGCCGGGAGUGGAGGAUCCUUGUACUAUACCCAGAUGAGAAUGUUAUGCGCCCAGUUUUAUUCAUCUGGAGCUGGCAUGAUGUUGACGAACGAGUAUCUAUAUCAUUAUUGUAUUGUGGAUCCUCAAGAGGCUGUGGCGAUUGUCUGCGGAUUCCUGGCGGCGCUGACGUUUUGUAUCAUUGCUUUCUUCGCUCAAAGAGUGCGGCAGAAAAUCUGGAAAUAUGGGAAACCGAAUAUCCUGUGGGAAAAGGGCUUCGCUGAUGAAGAGGUGGGGCCCAACGUGGAGGAAUGGGUGAAGACUGUUCCUGAAGGGGAUCAUGAUGAAAUCGAUACAGUUCAAUACUUUGAUAAACCAGCCAAUGGCAUCAAUACAAUGAAUACUAAUGAGUAUAAUUCGCAGCCAAUUGCGUACAGUGUGGAGAGUCACAAUCAGUAAGUGACAAUGUGACGAAAUGAUACAAUUGAUAAUCACAGAAGAAGGCCAUUCAUUCCAUCAGGCCUGUGCUAGCUCUUUGCUCAAGCUGCUGAGUUAGUAACACUGCAUUGCACUUUUCUUGUACGCGAUCUCUCCUCGGGUAUAUCUAUCCAACUCCUCUUUCAAAAAUAUUAUUGAAAAUAUUUCCACCUUCUUUGAAAAUUGUAGCAUUCACUGCAGAAAGAAAGUCCUCUGGUUCUGUCAUUAGCUAUUACAAUUGAGUGGUAUGGAUGAUGAGGGCAAGACUUUGGAUAAUUUGUUAUAAGGAUGGAAUUUUAACCUUUGCCAUAACUGAAGGGAGUUAGUCCUGUGCCUGCUGCAUUUUACUCUCCUACUGGAACACCUCAUCCAUGUUCACUCAAUUGAAAUUCCUCUUAAUUUUGAGUGUCUUGAUUUAAAUCUUCUUAUCCUCAUUGCUCUGGGAGCCAUCCUAGUUUCUCCAGUCACCACUGAAGUCGCUUGUCUCUGAACUAUUGUAAAUCGCCACCCCACCUUCCUGGAGCCUUGGCAUUCGUUUUUUAAGAAUGUGGGAUCCUGAAUUGUCCACACUAUUCCAGCUGAAGCCCAACACCUGUGUGUUACAAAGGUUUAGCACAACUUGCUGCCCUUUGUACUUUACUCCUCUUAUUAAUAAAGCCAAGGGUUCAGUGAGUUUGUUUUAACAGCCUUCUCAACCUUCUUUCCAGUUUCAAAGAUCUAUCAACGUACAUGCC